CUUUGGUUUGUGGCUUCUUCUGCUGAGAGAAUAUACUGCUGGUAGGAGAAUAUCGGGUGUGCCAGUAACAAUCAUGGCUGCCGUAGGUUCCGAUAACGUCAUUGUAUCGCGCCGCAUAUAAAGACUAUUCCCUAUGGCUGUACAGUAGUGACAUUGACGAUCUGCCUGUAGGUUGGGAUCAUGUGGGCGGCCGGGUACCUGAUCUCCAGGACGAGGACUUGUGUCCUCUGCAACCUCAGAAGAUCAUUCGCCUCAAAGACAGACGGAGAAGACCAGAUCACACAGGUGCUGAAGAGAAAGUUUCCUCUGGCCUCCUCUGUGAGGGUGGUAGAUAUCUCAGGAGGAUGUGGGGCAAUGUAUGAAAUCCAUGUGGAGUCUGAAGAAUUCAAAGACAAGCGCACAGUGCAGCAGCAUAAGAUGAUCAAUGAAGCUCUUCAGGAGGAGAUUAAAUCAAUGCACGGCCUCCGAAUCUACACUUCUGUUCCAAAACACUGAAGACGCCUGAUGUAGGAGGGGACGCCACUUGCUGUGCACACCUAAGAGGGUUCAUGCAAUAAUCCAUGUCGCUGCAGAGAGAAUGAGAAAUACAGUAUAUUUAUAUGAAGCUACAGACAUUGCACAUUAUAGUUUUGCUACCUAGAAUGAAAUAUUCUAAUAAAGUAAAGUAACAGUG